AUGAUUCUCACCACACUUCUACUCUCAUUUGGAAUCGUCCUGUACCCUCAGGUCGUUCUGGGGUUGCCUGCAGGUGAUACAAUGGACUACACCUUCACUGACUUGAGAGCAAGAAGCGAUGGACACUGUUCUCCACACAAUGUGUACACGAAGGCUGGCGAAUGGCACUACGACUGUCCUCGUAAAAACACAGUAAAUGAAAAUGGAGACUGUGUUAAUGCCAUACCAGACCGACCAGAUGGCGAUAAGAAGCCUUGCAGCGCUUAUUGCGAGGUCAGAACAUCUUUUGCUUAUGGUCAAGAGCAGCCAUUCCAUAUCGCAUGUCAGGAUUGCACUCUUCACCAGGGUGAACAGCUUCAAAAAACGCCAAGUUGGGCCUUUGAGAUAGGUGGAGGUGGAUCAUUGCCAAUCAAAGAGCUGGAAGCCACUUUUAACUUCGGGGCAACCUACAGCUUCUCUUCCUCUAUAACAUAUACCACCGAGACGGAGUAUACACCACCAGAGAAUUACACCGGAUGCGGUCAAUGGACCUAUGUGCCGUUCACUUUCGAGUCGUGUGGAACCCUGACUACAGCCCAGCAGAAAACUACUGGGGACCCGUUUUGCAACCAGGCAAAUUGCGCCUCACAAAACAAAAUCUGUGAAAAGGACAAACUUACAACAUCUGAGAAUUUUUGUCAAUCCACGCCCAUUACAGUGGAUGGCAAGUCAAUUGGUAAAGUGAUUUAUGUCAAGACAGACUGUGACAGUGGACAAGCCUUGCAGGACGGGCAAGACGAGGCCUAUUACUUUCCAGGGGUUUCGACUGAUGAGAAGUUCAAGUCCGUCUGGCCAGCACCUCCAACCACUGAACAUCAUAGCCAGUAG